UUCCGGAGAGAGCCGAGGGGGGCCGAGCGGCGGCGCUGAAGGGCGAUCAUGGCGGCGGCCGGCUCUGCUGAGGCAGAGGUGAGCGAGGAGCUGGCGUCGGAGGCCGAGCUGCUGGCCGCUGCUCGGGAGCGAAGCAGCCGCUUCUUGAGCAGCCUGGAGCUGGUGAAGCAGGGCGCCGAGGCGCGCGUGUUCCGCGGCCGCUUCCAGGGCCGCGCGGCCAUGGUGAAGCAUCGCUUCCCCAAGGGCUACCGGCACCCGGCUCUGGACGCGCGGCUCAGCCGGCGGAGGACGGUGCAGGAGGCCCGGGCGCUGCUCCGCUGCCGCCGCGCAGGGAUAUCUGCCCCAGUUGUCUUUUUUGUGGACUAUGCUUCCAACUGUCUAUACAUGGAAGAAAUUGAAGGCUCAGUGACUGUUCGAGAUUACAUUCAAUCCAUUAUGGAGGCUGAAAAAACGCCCCAAAGCCUCCUGGGCUUAGCCAAGACAGCCGGGCAGGUUUUGGCUCGAAUGCACGAUGGGGACCUUGUUCAUGGCGAUCUCACCACCUCCAACAUGCUCCUGAAACCCCCCCUGGAACAGCUGAACAUUGUGCUCAUAGACUUUGGACUGAGUUUCGUUUCAGCACUUCCAGAAGAUAAGGGAGUUGACCUCUACGUGCUCGAGAAAGCCUUCCUCAGCACCCAUCCCAACACCGAGAGUGUGUUUGAAGCCUUUUUGAAGAGCUACUCCGCCGCCUCCAAAAAGGCCACGCCAGUGCUAAAAAAAUUAGACGAAGUGCGCCUGAGAGGAAGAAAGCGGUCCAUGGUCGGGUAGAAGAACGUGUGUAACAACCACAGACAUUUCAGCUCUUUACUUCAAGGGGAAUUUGAGGGAAUGCUACCAGUGUGAGAUUAGACCGAAAUAAAAGUGUUGAGAUAUUUUUAGUGCUCUGUUCAUGCUUGUUAAGUGUCAUUAUCAUCUACAGUCGACUGUUCUCAAGAGCUUACCAUGUACAUUAAGACAUGCUCUAGGCAGAAUUGAGUAUUUAUAAAAUACAUCUAGGGCAGGCUUACCCCUCAGGUACAUGGGCACGGCAUGAAAAAUAUCGAAGCACAUGAGAACAUUGUUCUCUUCGCAGUCCUGAGGAGAUAAAAAUGGUCUCAGGUGGUGACAGUAUGUCUUUACCAGCCCUAUAACCUAGUGUUGUUUUUUAUUGUGUUUAUGACAAAUUCCUUUUGAAACCAGUAUAAGCGAUAUACAACCAGCAUUUUAAAAAUGACGUAGAAUCAGAGACUAGAAAAUAUCAGAGUGCAUUACGUGUAGUAUUGUGACUAUUGUUUUCUGAGACUUGUUUCAAACGUAUAUACAGACAAGGGUAUGUACUGGGUUUUGAUGUGAAAUAUAUUUCCCUUUUGAGGGUCAGUAAAAAAAAAAAA